UACCGGGGCCAGUCACUGUUUACACAGCAACAGCCAAUCACGUCGAAGGCCCGCCUCUCGCCUUGUCACACUACUGAGCGUGGCUGGAGAGAGAAACUAUAAAGUUGCCCGACAAGUCAAGAGGGAGAAGGAGAGGAUUUAGAACCAUGCGAGAGAACCUUGCCAUUGUCUCAUCCCAAAACAUGGCGCUCAUUGACUCUAUGAAACCCACUGACCUGUCCGCAGAGAGGAAGGGGAUAAAGAGGAAAAACUGGAGGAACAGAAUAGGAUUACUCUUGCAGACAAACUCUCCCAAGUCGAUAUUACAUCUGAUGAAAAACAGACCUUACAGGCCGACUGCUGAUGACGUGCACCAGUGGGCGCAGUCGCUUGACAAACUGCUCAGUCAUAAAUAUGGAAAAGCUGCCUUUUGUAUCUUCCUGAAGUCUGAGUUCUGCGAAGAGAACAUUGAGUUUUGGACAGCAUGUGAGGAUUUCAGUGCUCUCACGUCGCAGAAAGAGCUGGCGUCCAAGGCCAACAGCAUUUACGAAGAGUUCAUUAAAAAUGAAGCUCCCAAAGAGAUAAACCUGGAUUACCAAACUAAAAACGCCAUCAUCCAGAGCCUCCACGAGCCCACUGUGACCAGCUUCCUGGCAGCACAGAUGAAAGCCUACAGCCUGAUGGAGAACAACUCGUACCCCAGAUUUAUCUACUCCGACCUCUACAAAGAACUGUGUGCGGCUGCCAGGGUAGAGGGCAAGCACAUUAAGUCCUAGUCAAACCAGACACCCACUGCUGGAGUCAUUUGAUUACCACUGUGACUGUGCGAAUAGACCGCUGAUGAUGGUUAAUUCCGGGCACUGCCGCCUCGGAAUAAUGCAAAUCCUGAGCAUAAACAAUAACGUCGAGUGUGGAAAAUGCAAAAACAUGGAGCCAUUUUUAGUCCGUCCUGCUGAGAGCUCUGAUGUUGGGAUGAUUAGGCAGGAUGCUAUAUGCUGCUGCAGGCAGUGCACAGAGCAUUUCUACCAGAUGGGAUUAUGGUUACAUUUUCUUCACUGGGCCAUUACCUGCACUUUCUUUAUACUACACUGUUAGAAUUUGAUAUUUUGGGCGAUGAUGCGUUUAAGAAAAUGCUGUUCAAGUGCAACUGCACUCAAAGCUGAGAUGAGUGUCUCACACUUAACUCUCUCUUACCGACGAUGCUGUUUGAAUGUAUUUCUGUGCUGAUAUCCACUUGAAGACUUUGCACAGCUGUCAUAUACACAGGACUUUCUAAUUCCGCUGCUCUUCUGGAUUUGCUUCAGAUCUGUUUACACAAAAAAGUGAAUUUUUUUUAAUUUAUAUAAUAAUAUUCACAAGUUCCACCAAAGCCUGCAUUUGGCCUGAAGAUACUGUGACAAUGUUAUCUAUUGUAAAUAUGUCAUGUGUUGAAUGUGAAUUUAAGGCAGCUGGACUGUUUGAGAAAUAAAAUAUGUUUGUUCUAUAAUUCUGAAA